AAAUCCACUCAAUCCAAGCCAGCUCAGCCAUCUGAGAAUGCCCCCUAUGCAAACCCCAUUUAUUCAAAUCCUCAUGGAUCACUGAAACAGCCUUAUUCUCACAUAAAUACCAUAUCGAUAUUUGCCCUACGGAAUGCCCUUUUGAGAAUGAAUAUGAGAUCGAUCAAACAACUCUUUUGUUUCAACUCCAUAAUCAAAAAUUCAUAG